GCCAAAUUAGGGUUUCCUCCGCCCAUAAACGGUGUACCUUUCACUUUAACUUCCCUGGCAAAGUAAUUACACUCAUCAUAUAACGAUAUCCGCACGUUGUCCUUAAGAUUGUGUCUCGCUUUAAGACGUUUUCCAAUCAUCCACAUUGCAAAUGCACCAACGUAUAUUAUGAAAUAUCGCUCCCACGCUGGAAAGUGCUUGUCCCAUUCGCCUACGUGGGAAAACCAUGUAAACGACUGAACUGCUUCGUCUAAGGUGCGAUAAACGUUGGGUGAAAGGGUGUGGACAAGAACAUCGUCUGCCCAUUUCCUCCACUUUCGUUCCUCACUAAAACGCACACUGAGACUUGCAAAUUGGCAACUCUAUUCACUUACUUAACUUCUUUCGUAUUUAACCCCUUCAACUCCGGUUGGUCGUACAUUAGAAAGUACCUAUUCAUGAUUUCGUUUUUUGUUGUCCCAUUUUCGUCAAUAAAUGAAAUUUGAGGGUAAGAUUUUGUAAUGUCCUGCAGCUCUCGACCACGUUCCCUAAUAUACGAUGAGAGGGCAGAUACAAUCAUAGAGCUGUCUUGAAAUAUCUGCAAUGCUUACUUGUAAGGCAUAAUAGUACGGAACCCCCUUACUUGAUAGCCAUUGUCGACUUGCGCUAGCAGAAUAGGAACCUUCUUAUAAGUCGACCAUUUGACUGACUGUCUGAGUACGGGAUCAACUUCGACGACAUCGUAAGAAAUUCCAUGGUAAUCUAGAAAGGCCCGUACUUUACAACAAAAUGGACAAGUUUGGUACUGGUACAAUGUAAGUUUGAGCCCACUUUGAUCGUUGGCUACUUGAACCUACAAACUUGGGUUAUAAAAUCGUCUACAACUAACAAAUAUAACCUUGCGUGAUACUGUAACGUCCGGGGCCUCUUCUAGUAAUGGUAAGUUAGUCUCCCUAUUGAGGAUGUGUGCUCGAGGCUUAUUUAGUUUGUAAAUUGAGUAGCUUCCACCAAUUAUUGUCCCGAUUCCUGCACCAUAAAGACUUAACUUGAUCACGUUUCUUAAGUUUACCGUAGAAACACCGGUCGUAACUGAGCGUUUAUUACCAGCAAUAUUCAAUAAUUCCUUCGAUCUACGAAAGAAAAAACCACUACCUCUCAGAGAAAAGUUCAUCUUUGUUUGACAAGAGGUUAUGUUUUCCGUACGAUGCACAGGGUCACUUUUCGCAUGCGCAGUGAAUCUCAACGUGCACAAAUACAGCGGUGUAUAGGGUUGCCUAACCGCGUGGCGUACUAUAUAACCUAAAAUAGACAUGUAAUUGUGGAAAUUGUAAAGUACAAUUUAGUGAAAGUAUGUUGGUGGGUAUAAAGUCGGGAAAUUUAAAGAAAUUAUGCGCCGUUGAGCAAUGGCUCAAGCUACAACGUCGAUGGAAAAUUGAUGAACUCUCCGCUGCGUAUCUUCCGGAAAUAGUUGAAAAUGUUACUGACGCACAUAACUACUUCGAACCACCACUUACAGCGUCCAAAGAGUUCACUUUGGUACUUCCUCCACCCAACAUCACGGGAAAUUUACACCUGGGCCACGCUUUAACUGUAACAAUUGAGGACGUUCUCGUGCGAUGGAACAGAAUGAGAGGUAUUAAAACCGUUUGGGUGCCAGGUGUCGAUCACGCCGGAAUUGCAACGCAGGUCGUCGUUGAAAAACGACUAUGGCAACAACAGAGGCAGACGCGACACGAUUUGGGACGAGAUUUAUUUGUGAAAGAGAUCUGGAAGUGGAAGGAGGAGAAGGCGAACGUUAUAAGUCAGCAGUUGCGUGUCAUGGGAGCGUCCUUAACGUGGCCGCUGGAGAUGUUUUCAAUGGAUUUAUCUCAAUCCCGCGCGGUGAAGGAAGCAUUCAUCAGGCUAUAUGAUGAAGGAUUGAUUUAUCGUUCCGAUUAUCUCGUAAAUUGGUCAUGUUUUCUGCAGUCUGCGAUUUCAGACAUCGAAGUAGAGCAUUUGGAGGUUUCCGGGCCUACAGAACUUGCGGUGCCUGGUCACGAAGUGCCAGUACAGUUCGGCGUCCUUACGAAAUUCGCAUAUAAAUUACUAGACGCUGAUGAAGAGGUGGUGGUCGCAACUACUCGUCCAGAAACAAUGUUAGGAGAUGUUGCGGUUGCCGUAAAUCCUAGAGAUAAUCGAUACUCCCAUUUAAUAGGACGUGAAGUGUGGCAUCCUUUCAGGAGAGAGGCCCUUCCCAUUAUUUCUGACGAAUUUGUCGAUCCUGAAUUUGGAACCGGGGCCGUAAAAGUAACUCCCGCACAUGACCCUGCCGAUUUCGAAGUAGGAAAGCGUCACGGGUUAAACAGACUACAAAUAAUCGACGAGAAGGGCAAUUUAAAUGACGCCGCCGGCGAUUUCUCGGGGUUGUCCAGAUUUCGCGCCAGAAGUAUUAUUGUGGAGGAAUUAGAGAGAUUGAAGCUAUUACGAGGUCGUCAAGAUCAUCGAAUGGUCGUGCCCAUAUGCGGUCGCUCAAGGGAUGUAGUAGAAUUUUUAAUUAAACCACAGUGGUUCGUUAAAUCAAAAUCGAUGGCAUCUAAAGCGCGCGACGCCGUCAUGGAAGGCAAAUUAAAGAUUGAUCCGCCUGAGUUUGAGGAGAGAUGGUGUAAUUGGCACGACAAUAUUCGGGAUUGGUGCGUGUCGAGGCAGCUAUGGUGGGGACAUCGUAUCCCCAUGUAUUUUUGCCGAGUUAACCAGGAAAAUGGAAGGGAAUGUUGGGUAGCCGCAGAAGACGACGUAUGUGCUCGCCGGAAGGCCUCCGCUCAGCUUUUGUCAAAUCCCAACGAUAUCAUCAUAGUGCAGGACGAAGAUGUUUUAGAUACGUGGUUCUCAUCUGCACUUUUCCCAUUUUCAGCCUUCGGAUGGCCAGAAUCGAGUGGAAAGUUGAGUCAUUAUCCCCUAAGCAUAAUGGAAACGGGCCACGAUAUCCUAUUUUUUUGGGUGUCCAGAAUGGUAAUGCUUGGACUUCAGUUAACGGGACAGCUGCCCUUCGCAAAAAUACUUUUGCAUGGAAUUAUUUGCGACGCUUACGGCAGGAAAAUGUCCAAAAGUCUCGGAAACGUUAUAACGCCAGAAAAUGUCAUUUUGGGAUCUACUCUAAAGGAGCUCGAAAAUUCACUGCAAGCCAGUCGGGCGGCGGGCGUCUUAUCAAACGAGGAAUUUUUACGUGCAGUCGAAGGCCAAAGGAAAAUGUUUCCUACAGGAAUUCCGGCGUGCGGCGUUGAUGCAUUGCGAUUUACUCUUUGUUCGCACGACAUAAAAAACCACUUCAUUAAUUUUGACAUCAACGAAUGCAACACAAAUCGGUUGUUUUGCAACAAAAUUUGGCAAGCAGCAAAAUUUACGACGAAAUAUAUUGAGAAAGCGGGCAUUCCCAGUGAUAUACCAAUCAACUUAUCCAUUAUGGAUAGGUGGAUUUUGAGCAGAUUAUCCAAAAUGGUGGAAAACGUCAAUCGAGCUAUCGAUAAAUGUGAACUUCAUCUGGCCACCACUUCGAUAAAGAAUUUCCUGUACUACGAUUUCUGCGACAUUUACUUGGAGAGUACCAAGCGCGGUUUGAAGGCUGUCGAUAGCGAAAUCGCCUCAGGCCAUCUGUCAACUCUUCGGUUUUGCUUGGACGUCGGAUUACGAACUCUCGCCCCUUUUAUGCCGUAUCUAUCCCAGCGUUUACAUCGGCAUUUAUCUGUCCAUUCCAACUCGCCCGUGGUAGUCGAUUUUCCGCAGAGUGUCGCGUGGCGAAACGACGACUUAGAAGAGGAAGUUCGAGCGGUUUUAGAUAGCGUCGUCGCAAUAAGAAGAUUGAAAAAAUUAUUCGGAGUAUCUAAGAAGCACAAGCCGGAAGUGCGCGUAGUCAGCAGAAUUGCGAUUUACAAAGAGCUCACGGAGGUUGUUGCGGAUUUGGCUGCUUGUGAUAAAGUCGCAGUAGCAUCGAGGGAAGUGGUUGAUACUAAAGAGACGGCGUACGAUACAAUAGGAUCGCACACCACCAUACAUUUACUUUUACCCCCCGAUAUUAGCAAAACUCUCGAGAUGGAUUUAAAGAGACUCGAACAAAAAAAGGAGAAAGUUUCAGUCGAAGUGGAGAAAAUGCGAAGAAUGAUGUCGGCCGAAAGUUAUCGCAUUAAUGCGGCAGCAAAAGUUCAACAAACACACGCAAAAAAGAUUCAGAUGCUCGAAGACGAAUUGAGUAGGAUAGCAACUCUACAAAAAUAUAGUUCUUUGUAAAACUGCAAAUAAAAAUAAAUUUGGUCUAUUUUUUCUCGA